AUGGUCCACCUCAUACCAUCCCAUCUGGACGAUGCCGACACACUCAAAGCAUACCUUGUCACACAGCUCAGCGACAAUGAACUCCAAAAUUUCAAGCGUGCUUUUGAGAAGGGUGCAAAGGUGCACCUCAAACCUAUGAUGCACCUUCAAAUCACCCAAGCACCUGUGAAAUAUACGAAUGCAUCACAUGCACACAUGCGAUCUCAAGAGAACAAGGCUGGGAAUACGAAACCAUUUGUUGUCAUUGACCGGGAUGUUGUGGACAAGGGCGCAGUCUGGUAUGUGGCCGGUUUUGCUGACGACUUCGAUGUGGAGUGCAAUUUCGCUGCGAGCAAGAAGGUCCUGAUGAAGGCACUGGUCCACACAGAGCAUCUAGCAAUCUCUCAUGUUUGCUGGUCAGAAGGUAACCCCCCAAUGGGCGAAGAACUGGAAUCCCUAGACGAGAACAUCACCCCAUUACGCCUAGACUCCGAGCAAUCGCAGCCCUUGGGUGCGGACGACGAUGAAGAAGAGUUGUGGAGUACCGACGAGGUCGAGAUUGUGGCAGAGCAUGGAGAAUAUGAAACGACAACCGACCCCGAGAUUCUCAGCAACAUGGGUUCCCCGCCUCGUAAGGCAGUCAGACUUGUCCCGGCCAUUGCGCAACAAGAGAAUCUUAUCAGUGAUUGGACUUGGCCUGAGAACAUCAAAGAAAUCUCAACGCCUGAUAAUGGUCGGCAAAGACUCCCAGCGAGGAGCAUCCGUUUGGCGGCCAGGUUCGACCCUCAGGUCCCUAGGCUCCGUUAUGAGUGGCCUGAAGGUUCCCUCUGA